UGUGACAGAGCAGGUGUGAGCAGCAGGCUGGGCUGUGGCAAAGUGGGGUAAUUAUACCCUGUGCAGGCUGAGUCGCACCGUGCAGCGAUGUCAGGGGCAGCAGGGCCAUGUCACUGCUCAGCCCUGGGCUCCUUCCCCAGCACAGACAUGGAUGAAGUGACCACCUUCUGAAGGGGUUUUUUUCCUCCCCACAUUUGCCAGAACUCCAGAAAGCUGUGCCUCCUGGCAGCGAUGUCUGCGGAGAAGCAGCGCCGGGAGGUGCCGGCCGUGCUGUACGAGCCCCACGAGCGCUACAGACCCGAGCCCUUCGCGCCGGGCUUCAGCCAGGACGGGGGCUACGAGUACCCUUCUCCCCCACCCUACUCCUACCGGGAAACCACCGUCGUGGAGGAGCCGGUUUAUCUGGUGCCCCAGCCUCCGAUCAUCGUGGCAGGGAUCUUCUCCAGCAAGCCAACAUCCACAAUCUGUCCCUCCUGCCGCCAGCACAUCACCACCCAGGUCACCUACAGGCUGGGCAAGCUGUCCUACCUCCUGUGCACCAGCCUCUGCAUGGUCGGGUGCUGCUUCGGAUGCUGCUUCGUCCCUCUCUUUGUGAAGGUCUUCAAGGAUGCAGAUCAUUACUGCCCAUACUGCCAUUUUCACAUUUAUAGAUACAAAAGACUAUAGAAACAAAGUUUAUGCAACCAGAUGAUGUAAAGCCUCCGUUUCCUAAUGGCAUAAGAUUCUGACAUAAAACUACUGCUAGCAAACCCACAGGACUGUGCUUAGGUUCUGCAACUCCCUUGCUGGUGAACACACCUGGUAAUUCCAGUUUACCACCACAUGGUUGGACUGGCUUUAAAACAAAAAACCCUUCAAGACUAAUUUGCAGUGGCACUUAAUUUAUGCUCUAUUUGAUUCGCUGCCCUGUGCUGUGAAGUUUCCAGCUGCUGAGUACUUCAGCUCCUCUCAGAUCUCCCACCCAGCUGGGACACAGUCUCCUCUGGACCUCCCAGCCCAGCACUAACCGAGGUUUGGACGUGGAUGUUUCAGAGAAGC